GUCUGAUUCGAGGCAAAGUGGAGGGAUUUCAGUGCGGCUAGCGGCAUGCUAGCAGAGCAGAGAUAACUUGUCUUAUAGCCGCUCCGAUCUUCACAAACAAGUCGGCUGAGAGGUGAGGACAUAACCCGCUUCAAGCUACACCGUAAUACCGUGAACACCAGCAGUGCAGCACCAGCAGCUCUCACAAUGGAUUUAGAAGAUGACACCACUGUGUUAACAACCUUGAAGUCCUUCAAUUCCUUCAUCAGCCGCAAUGAACCUCCACAGCGGCUGUCGGAGCACUCUGCAGGGAGCGGAAACCUGCAGAGUCAGUACAAACGCAGCAUGGAGUUGCUGGAGGCAGCAGAGAGGGUUCAGUCGAAGAACCGCUACCUUCAGCUGGACCAGGAGAAGAAGCAGAUGGAGCUGAGUCACAAGCGAGCUCGAUUUGAACUAGAGAAAGCUGCUUCAGACAGCGCGCGAGACUUGGAGCAUGAGGUUGACCGGAACCAGGACCUCUUGGGGCGAAUAAAAAAAUUGGAGGAGAGAGAGACCGGGGCAGCUAAGAACCUAUCGGAGCAGGUGGAGGCAAACCGUGCUCUCCGUAAGAACUUGGAUAGCCUGAACAAGAAACUGGAGGAGCGAGAAAUUAGACUGAACACUGCUAACCAGAGUAUCAGUUCUUUGAAGGAUGAGAUCAGAGAGCUGAAGCAGAAGAUUCAAAACCAAGACUCAACGAUUUCUUCUCAAACUCUGGAAAACCAGGAACUGCAGGAACAGUUAGAUUUGCAGCGCAGGAAGUAUCUUGAAGUCUCUCAGCUUUGCCAAAGUCUCCAAGCUGCCCAGUCCUCCUGCUCGGAGCACGUCAUCAAGAUUAAGGAGUUGGAGAGGCGUCUUACUCUCCAUGAGCAAGACGUCGCCAUUGUGAAGACUGUUAAGUCGGAGGCGGCGAAGGUUCCUGACCUGGAAAAGGAGUUGAAGCGGCUCAGAGACGAUAAUGCCUUUCUCAGGGAGAGCAGAGAGAAUUGCAGCCUGUUGAAAGAGGAGGUGGAGGGACUGAGGAGGAAGCUGGAGAGGAUGGUGAAAACGAAAGAAGACCUGGUCAACAUGGAACUGGAGAAGGAGAGGUUGGCUGAGAAGCUCCAAGCCUGGGAAAACCUGGGCCAAUCUACUGGACUCAACAUCAGGAAACCAGAGGAUCUGUCCAGGGAGGUGAUUCAAAUCCAGCAGAGAGAAUUUGCCCUGAAAGAGCAGAACUACACACUCAACAGCCGUGUGAGGAGCUUGGAGCGUUCACAGUCUGAGGUUCGUGCAGAGCUUUCUCAGCAGCACGGCAAGACUCUGGAGGAGCAGAAGAAGAGGGAAACACAGGAUGGUCUUGUCCGCCGACUACAGAAGAGAGUACUGUUAUUAACCAAGGAGCGUGAUGGAAUGCGUGCUAUACUCGAGUCCUAUGAUAGCGAACUGGCUCCUACUGAGUAUUCUCCUCAACUCAGCAGAAGGCUCAGAGAGGCAGAGGACGUGCUGCAGAAGACUCAGAACCACAAUGUAGAGAUGGAGGGCCAGUUGACCAAAGCACAGGAAGAGACAGGGACUUUGAAACUGCAGCUGCAAACAGUGGAGCUAGAACUGGAGUCUCUAAAGAAGCAGCAGGCCUUUGCUGCAGACAGCAGUUCUUUAGUGACCAAAGAGGAGGUCAGCAUACUCAGGCAGAAAAUUGAAGAUUUAGAGGCAGAGCGGCAGCGAUUGGAAGAACAGAACAACAUUCUGGAGAUGAGACUUGAGAGACACAAUCUUCAGGGAGACUAUGAUCCAGUGAAAACCCAAGUUCUCCACUUUAAAAUGAACCCUACCACUGUUGCCAAGCAACAGCGGCAGCAGGAAGUUGAGGCUCUUCGGGAGGAAGUGACACGUCUCAGGGAACUCAUGCGCUCAUUGCAGGAUGGAAGUACUCUGGUCCAAUCACAAGACGACUCCAGUAUGCACGCCCCCAGCCUCGGCCUCAGUUUGCCACCAUCGAAGGAGGUGCUGGAUUUACGUAAGCAGAUGGAGAGCUCAGAGCUCAGGAACCAGAGGCUGAAGGAGGUGUUUCAGAGGAAAAUUCAGGAGUUUCGCACAGUCUGCUACGUCCUGACCGGCUAUCAGAUAGAUAUCACCACCGAGAACCAAUACAGGCUCACCUCAGUCUAUGCAGAGCACAUGGACGACUCCUUGCUCUUCAAAAAGGGCUCCAAUGGAAGCAUGCAGCUCAUGGAGACCGAGUUCUCCAAAACACUUGGAGAAAUGGUGGCCCUUCAUCUGCAUCAUCAGAAGAGCAUCCCAGCAUUCCUCUCUGCUGUGACCCUCGACCUCUUCAGCCGACAAACCACAAUCUGAAGUAACCUGACCACACCUCAGAUAUAGGGCUGUGAUAUUUAGGAUGGGAUUAGUUUUGUUUUUGUUUUUUAUUUCUUGCGUUUUCACUCCUUGUCUCGUACGAUAUUCAGCGUGCGUAUUGAAAAUGUUCUGGUACAUCGCAACAACUCUCACUUACUCACUGAAUAGCGCCGUCAGUGCUGUGUUGUUGAGGAUGAACACUUACUCCAACUUACAUUUCAAACUGCUACGAAAGCAUCCCUGUUUUGUACGCUGAAUAUUUCAUCGGUGAAACUUUGAUAUAUUCCUUUCUCAACAGAACAAAGUUGUCAGUGAUGGUUUGGAUUUGUUUUCUUUACAGUGGGAGUUUGAAAUGCACUUUCCACACCACAUGGAGCAAAAGAAACUUGUGUGCUUCUCUGAAUCUGCAGUACACGUGUUAUGCGUGUUCUUUAUCCAGGCUGAGUCUUUGUUGACUCUUUUUAUUCUUCCUUUUGUGUCCUCCGCUCUCCCAGGGCCUUAGGUAGAAGGUUUCAAACAGACGUUAUGUGGUCAGGAUUAUGCAAUCCAAACAUAGCGUAGAAUACAAGAUCUUUUCCCUUUUUCUUAUUUGUGCUCUGGAUAUAUGUGAAUUUGAAGUUAGUUUUCAUCACUAUCUAAUUUAGUUAUGCCAUACAUAUGAUUUUAUUUUGACGAUAAAAUGUGUUUGAGUUACAUUGAUUAAAUCUAAACUCAAAUUUCCUGCUCUCGUUCCCUCUUCUGCCUUUUUUUUUUCCCAUUUCAAGGGAAAAGUACAGAUAAGAGCCGAGUUUACCUUCCUCUCAACAUAUUGAAAAUUGCUCUAAAGUUUGACCGUGAGAAAAAAUUCAAUAUUUGAUCUGCAGUAACCUAAAAAAAAAAGCAAAACAUUUUGUGUGCGACCUGGAUCUGUUGCACGCCCUGUUGACCUCAAGCUCGUCUGCUCUUUUCCAGUGCGAAAAAGGAGGACGUAAUGUUAACCAUUUGAGAAGUAAAUGUGUGCAGUCAUUUUGAAUAUUAUAGACAAAAAACUAAAGGAUGAAGGUUGCUGCCUUUUUAAAAAUGCUUCAUAGUAAGUUUAGCAUUAGGAAUGACGUGUCAGUUUGAACCAUUAUUAUCGUUUUUACUUAGAUUUACCUCACCUGCUUCAUAUACAUUGUGAGGAGACAUUGGUGUGUCACAGUGGUGACUGCAUUACGAAAACACAUGCAGAUUUCAUGGCUGCUUCAAUGUUUGUUGAAACUCAUGAAAAAUGUAUUUUUGCACACUGCUGUAAACUCUCAGGAUAUGAAUGUGAUAAACCAACAGCUCUUCCUGUUAUGAAUUAAGUUGAUGUGUUUUGGCGAAGUACGAACAGAAGAUAAGACGAGAGAAUUUUUGAGGCAGCAAUAAAGAGAAAUGGCAGAACUACACAUGGGGUGAACAGGAAGCAAGGGAGCAAUCCAAUAAAACUGGGAAACAAGGAAGUGAAGUGAGAAUAAAGCCACUUAUCACAGCAACAAUAUAAGAACUCCAGCUGGUGCAGCCAUAUGUCAUGAGAAAACAUAUUCUCCUGUACAGUACAUGCCACAUAAUGUCCUUGUUUUUCUCUUCUUCUUUUGUUCUCUCCACACCCUCAUUCAUUUUCACAGCACAUCACACAUCUUCUGCACACCCCAUAGCGUUCACCUAGAGGUGAUAUUUUAGAGGGUUUCUCCAAGCUGUGCAAUACGUACAGCACUCAGCCAUACAACACUCCUCUUCAGCAGUGUGUGAUGUAUUGUACUGUGGCUUCAUCACUACUGUGUACAUCUGAUGCAGUUAUUGUACGUUCUUACUGUUAGUCUAUAUUUGAAAUGCAAAUUUAAUCAAUAAAGCAUAUGUGUGAUUGUCGGAUA